CUGAGGAAUCUUUUAUGACAACUUCCGGUGUAGCUUUUCCCGCUGAGCCUUCCAGCGCAAACUAUAUAGGACUUUCAUUAUAGAAGUAGCGAGGCCUAGACCGAAUCUCAAGUUUGUCCGGAAGUAGAGGCGCGUGUUUCUUUCUCUUUUUAUCUUGAGACAGAGCGUGGGAGAGUGGGUUGCAGGUUAAUAAAGGGGGCGUGGUUUAUGCCGCAAGAACGGAAGGAGCUACAAGCGUUGUAUUUGUCUUGGGAGGACGCGUGAAGGAGAUUCGUCCCCGCUUUUCUGUCCCGCUGCGGACGGCAUGAACCGUGUCUGGAGGGUCUUGCGCUCCCUGAAGCUUCGGGUUCUUGGGCCAGAGAAGAUGGAAGUGGGCGUCGACCACCUCGGGAACAAAUAUUUUAGGAUCCCGAAACAUGAAACGUGGGCAGGACAUAUCAUUCAAGAAAGAAGAUUUAUGGAAGCACUAGAUAAGAAGGAAUAUGAGUAUAAAGCAGGGGAUAUUCCAACAGAAUGGGAAGCAUGGAUUAGAAAGAGGAGAAAGGAUCCACCUACUAUUGAGGAAAUUUUUAAGAACGAGAAAUACAGAGAAGAAUUAAAAAGGAAGGUGGAUGAAUGUUAUGAGAAAGACAGACUCCUACAGGCAAAAGAGUAUGAAGAGGGACUUGUGGCAGAACCAGCUCAAAUCAAGAUUAAAGGCCAUGCGUCUGCUCAGCAUUAUGGAAGGCAUGAACCCUCAGAAGACCCAGCCAGCAUUGGGAGUACUUUUCAGCCUGGUUCUUGGAAACCCCCGCAGGAUCCUGAACAUAAAAAAUGAGGGGCCAGUUGCAACAAUCCAGUUGUAAAGUAUCUAAAUAUGAAUUUAAGCAUGAAGAAAAUUAAACAGCAUGUUUAGUAGACAUGGCAAGGUUUCAUACACUGCAGAUCAUUGACCUACUGGUGAAUUUGAUUUUGAGUAAAAAAAAAGUAGAUUCUACUUUUUAAUGUGAGGAUUAAA